GUGCUCUUCUUCUUCUUGGCUGAUGAUUUGCGAUUUCAACCGAUUCGUUAUACUACACAAGUGCUGAGUAAAAGACAUUCUUGGAAGGAUUUCCUAAAAAAUAUAAACAAAUUUCAACAUGCCAGCAGAAAACUUGGAAGAGCAGGGUUUGGAAAAGAAUCCAAAUUUGGAAUUGGCACAAUAUAAAUUCCUGCUAACCUUGUCGGAACAUAAACAAGAUGCGGCUCUCAAAAACAAAUUACUGGAAGCCGUAAAAGCCGAUAACAUGGCACCAUACUACGAACACCUUUGUACUGAACUGGGUUGGACGGUCGACAAGGGUUUGUUGGACAAAAUGAAGGAGCAGAAUACGAAAGAUUUGGAGAAGCUUGACGAGGCCAUCGAAGACGCCGAGAAGAAUCUCGGUGAAAUGGAGGUUCGUGAAGCCAAUUUGAAGAAGUCUGAAUACCUGUGUCGCAUUGGAGACAAAGCUGCAGCAGAGUAUGCUUUCCGCAAAACCUAUGAAAAGACCGUGUCGUUGGGCCAUCGCUUGGACAUUGUGUUCCAUUUGAUUCGCUUAGGUCUAUUCUAUUUGGAUCACGACCUAAUAACCAGAAAUAUUGAGAAGGCUAAAUAUUUAAUCGAGGAAGGUGGCGACUGGGAUAGGCGCAAUCGUCUAAAGGUUUAUCAAGGCAUAUAUUCUGUCGCUGUAAGAGAUUUCAAAGCUGCUGCCACAUUCUUUUUGGAUACCGUAAGCACCUUUACUUCCUACGAACUAAUGGAUUAUCCCACUUUUGUACGUUACACUGUGUAUGUGGCUAUGAUAGCUUUACCACGAAACGAAUUGCGUGAUAAAGUUAUUAAGGGUGCUGAAAUUCAAGAGGUCCUUCACGGUCUGCCUGAUGUGAAGAACUACCUAUUUUCAUUGUACAACUGUCAUUAUGCCGAUUUCUUCAAGCAUUUGUCCGAAGUGGAAGUAGUACUCCGCAAAGAUUACCUUGCACAUCCCCAUUAUCGUUUCUAUGUGCGUGAAAUGCGCAUUUUAGCCUACACGCAACUGCUGGAGUCGUAUCGCUCCUUGACUCUUCAAUACAUGGCGGAAGCAUUUGGAGUAAGUGUGGACUAUAUCGAUCAAGAGCUUUCACGAUUCAUAGCUGCCGGACGGCUACAUGCCAAAGUAGAUCGUGUGGGAGGCAUUGUUGAAACAAAUCGCCCAGAUAGCAAAAACUGGCAAUAUCAGGCCACCAUAAAGCAGGGUGAUCUCUUGUUGAAUCGCAUACAGAAACUAAGUCGAGUUAUUAAUAUUUAAAGUUAAGAAUUUUGUACUCACCAACCGACCAUACUGUCAUGGAAAAAAAUAAGAAAACCUGUACACACACAUAAAUUACCCCAAAAUAAAAAAUUAAAAAUUUAUUUAAUAAA